CCCAUAGAAACCGCUGUGGGUUUAGUUCUCCUUCCUCUUUUCCUCUGCCCAAGUUGCACCUUCCUGUCAUGCACUGACGUUUCCCUACGUUCCUUGCCACCCUUAGGUGCUGCUCUGCUUCCAUAAGAGUGAGGAGCCCAUCAGCAGUGGGCCGAGAGCUCCGCACCCAGAGCUGAGCGUUGUGCCUCCCCACUCUGAAGGGAUGACCUGCACUUCAUGGGCUUUACGUAGAUGACAGCAGCCACCUUCACGUCUUAAGAACAAAGCCAGCACUGUUGUUUCUCCAUGAUUAUGUUGUACCUGUCAUUAUGCAGGAAGCCCUGCCCUGUCUUCAGAAGUAACAUCAUUAAACCUGUGUAUUUUAGUCGGGUGAGUCAGUUCCAUUCCUGCUCUUGAAGCGUACAUCUGUUGUGAGUGUAAUUUCACCUUACUGGGGCCAGCAGUAGCAAUGCCAGUAGUAUGAAGUCCGUUAUAAACAAGCUCUCUGCAAUAUUCACUGUAUAGAAUUUUUGGAAGUUGUGUUGAGAAUUUUUGAAGAGAGAAGACUUGGAUUUUUUUCCUUCAAGAGGAAUUAGGUGUGAAUGUGAAGGUGGAUAAACAAGUGGGUUGAUUAUUUGGCCAGUUUGUCUCUCAGAAAAAUCUCGGUUGCGUGAACAGAUCUGUUAGUUUCUCUUGUAAUUAGGAACUUACUUCUUACACUGGUAAUAUUCAGCUGCAUUUUAAUUAGACCAAAUUCUCAACAGAGAAGUUUGACUGAACAGUCACGCUGGACAUGGCUAAUGAAAGGACGUACCAGCCUGGAUUACUCAGCCCUCUUGAGGCUGCUUGAUGUAUUUGAUAUUAGCAAUUUGAUGUUUGCCAUUAAUCAGUUUUUCCAGCUUCAGAACCUGAGGUGUGACUCUACGUGUUUCAAUGAAUGGUCUUGCUAGCAGGAAAAAGUGUCAGGCUCCAUGCAGGUCUCUGAUGGGUAUUCGUGGGGUAAUCUCUGUAUUUCACUGCUGGAUUUGUGUGCUGUGGGUGCUUUAUUUUGUCUUUAAGGGUGUUUCCUUGUUUUGGGUCUGUGUUCUUAAUGAAAGCAUAACCUUAAGGGCCAUUGCCCCGGAAUCUCUGCUGAUCCUUCCUGCAGCAGAUUCAGCAUCCUUGGAUGGAGGAGCUCCCAUCUGCUGACUGCUGCUGGGAUUCAGAAUUCCAGCCCCUGCUUCAGUCUCCACAGAGGCUGACUAUGCAGGCUUCAUUCAAAUGUAACUUUUUAUGCUUGCCCAGUUUUAUUUUAGAUAGUAAGAGGUUAAGAUCUCAAAGCAAUAAUAUGUUCACGUAAAUAUCAUUCCUUGCCUAUCUUCCCUAACUGUUUCUGAGGGUUUGGGCUCAGUUCUGUGAUCUGUCAGGAAGGUGUUACUUCUAAGCACUUUGUGCAGCACAGUCACGUAGCUUUAAGUGCUUACAGCAGCAUGAAAGCAAUGGGAAGGCUGUUCCUGGCAGUGAUGUUGAUGGAUGGGAAACAUGCCAUUAAUUCUAAAGACCCUUCACAUGACUUUCAAAUGUUUAUUAGCUUCUGAUUCCAUGAAGUCUUCCUGAGCUGAAAGGCCCAUUUGAAGCCUGCAGCAGGUGAGAGGCAGGUACAGGCAGAAAGAAGAGAGUUCUGUUUCUCCAUUUCCAGAGGCAACAUCAGGCAGCUGAGUUUAGAGGUUUGCUAUGCUUUUAGUUACUCAGAUGUCGGAUCUGGAGUAGGUUUGCUUUGAAGGGGCUCAAGAGGGAGAGUGAUUUCGAGAGGAGCAGUUGCAGCACUGCCUGUUGCUUUGGAAUUUCAGAUUUCAAGACGGCACCUGGUGCGCUGCUGUCAGCCCGGUCUUGAGCCCUGAUCCCAGAGGAAGCUCUUAGGGUGCCUGGUUCUUGAAGGGAUACAAUGCAGCCCUGUGUAACCCAAGCAGUCAGCUGUCCUGACAACCUACAUAGGCCAGCAACAACUGGGAAUGCUUUUCUGUGGAGUGGGAGGAAGAAGGAAUGAGGUGGAACUCUGUCAAAUUUGUCAAUAAUUCAAUUUAAGAUGCUAAAGGAAUCUUGGGCUCUGGCAGCAGGAGGUGUGGGGGCACUGGGUGAGGUUCCCUUCUGGAUGGCACGGCUGCUCCUUGAUCUCAAUCUCAAUUCAAAAUUUCCAUCUCCUAAAACAACUCCUAAUUUAAGCAGCAGUUACACGUAUCCUCAAAGCUGUGAGGCACAGCUGGCAGAGACCUCGCCGUGAAACAGAACGCAGCUGAAGUUCUGUAGGCAGAGGUCUUGUUUUCUGCCUCAGGUUAAGUCGUGGGUGGGUGCUGGGUAGGGGUAACCACUGCUCUGCAGAGCCAGAGCAAACGGCAUGCUGAGCCAGCAGCAGUGCUGACCUCGCACUGGGAAAUCCCAGCCCUUUCCUUCUUCCUUCCUCCCUCGGAAUAUAUAUGGUACACGGAGUGGACGAAGCACUGGGAGAAGCGUCACCCAAGUGUCACACCAGAGCAGUGACAGUGGGCAGAACGGCUUCCAGGUAGGAACACAGGCAGCAUAGCGAGCGGUGCUGCGUGUGCUGCUGUGCCACCAGGAGCGCAGGCCGUAGGAGAGAAGCCUCAGACAGCAGUGCCAGUGCUAAGUGGGAGACAGGCUCCUUAAAGAACUACUGCUGCUUCUCCUCCAACUGUGGCGGCAUGGAGUUGUCGCUUUUCUUUACUGCUCUAAAGCCAAACUGGUUGAAAAAUACCUGCAGGCUGACCCUGCUUUGCCUGCGUCCAGGCACGUUCAGGUCUCCCAUUAUCUGCUGUGUGCUUCCUAGAUGCAACUCUGCACUUUUUAGCUGCUCUUUCAGCUCAGCGUUUUCCCUUGUCACAUCUUAUGCCUCCCACCACAAGAUAGCAGUAUUUGGUAACCAAACCCAGUCGUACAGCAGACUAAGCACUGGCUGUAUGUCUUGUUGGAAUGCAUUCAUGUUUUUGUUGUAUGAACCAGAGUGAGGAGUGCAGCUACUGGAGAGCUGAGUAAAUAGACUUUUUUGUUCCUAACUUUUCUUCACCUGAGCUGUUCUUUUCAUCUAAAAGCUACUGUCAGACUGACAAGCGAUGUGAAGAGGAAGAAAUCAAAAGAAAGCAAGAUAGCAAAGUUGCUGAUAAUAUUAAAUUGUUAAAGGCAACAGAGAGAGAAGCCAGUUGAAAGACUGCAGGUUGGAGAAAUGAUAGAACAUUCAGCGUAAGUGUGGAUGGUGCUGCGCAGGAGAAUGACUCCAACUUUGCAGGUGGGGUAUUGAGCUCUGAGCUGUGUACAACAGCAGGAGAAAUGGAUCUGUGAGCUGUGGCAAGGAUGUGUCAUGGCAACAAUUAUCCAUUACAAACCUGUGUAGUCAUACUUAAUCAUGAUAUUUACUCAUUUGCAGUUAUUCUUCGUAAGGAAGAUGUCUAUUUUAUCAGUGUACCUGCAGUUCAAACUGUGACUUCUUGUAGCUUUGAUUGCUUUUAGAUUAUGAGUGUAGGACUUGUUCAGCCUUCCUGUCUUCGAAGGACUCCUUUCCUUCAAAGCUGUAUUAAUUCUGCUGGAUUCUAGGACGACUCUUCAGAAAGUGUAAUUUCAGUGAGCGCGUUCUUGUUUUUAACACAAGGUCUGGAUGCACAAGGGCUGAUCAUCACUGGUAGGAGAUCUUAAGAAACACAUGCAUGGCACAGCCUGAAACUGACAAGCUGUCUGCCCCGAGUAGGAAUUGUGGGGUUUGUGUUACCCCAGUUAUUUGGCAGCUGUUGGGAGCGGCGCUGCUGAAUGGAGUCCCUUGUCUGCUCAGCAGAGCCAAUUACAAGUGUCUGGGUUUAGCCAAGGGGAAGUGGAACAGCAGCCAGUCACUAAGUUUAGUUUGAUGGACGCGCUUCUCUGACUUCACCCGCGCUUAUUCACGUUGCCCCCCACAGCGGGGGGUUGGGGCUGAGAAGGAGCAGGACAGCUCAGAGUCCCUGAGCCUGGGCUGAGCUCCACGUGAAGGGCUCUCCCUGGUGCCACAGUCAGGACAGCGUGCCAUUUUGAGCACUCCUUCCUGCUCAGGACAGGUUCUCUAGGAGAAAAAGAAGCGCUGGCUUAUUUUCUGAGGCGUACGCAUUUCGUGGAAGCGAGAUCAUAAGUCUUGAGUUAAAUAUACAGUAAAUAUUUUAAAAAGGGAAACUCUUCUUUGUUCGAGGGAAGAAAAUGGCUGUGGACAGUUGGUUGAGCAGCAUCUCAGUCAGUGGCUGACGAUUGAGGCUGACAGCUCUGAGAUUUAUUUUUAGCUCGAGAACUUUGUCUAAAGCAGAAGCACUGCGUAGCUUUGGCAGUUGCUGCAUAUUCACUGUGGGUGGAUGGAACUGGGCAGUCACAUCUGUGCUAACGAGCAUUCCGGGAUUGGAUUAAAGAAUUAAACUCAUGUACUGGAAACUGAAGCUCUAUCAGCUCACCUGGGCAGCUCCACCCUCCGAACACCUUCCAGAAGAGGCCCUGCACCGCCCCUAUGGUUGCGAUGUUGAACCCCAGGCAUUGAACGAAGCCAUUAGGUGGAGCUCCAAGGAGAACCUGCUGGGAGCCACUGAGAGCGAUCCCAACCUCUUUGUUGCACUUUACGACUUUGUAGCAAGCGGUGACAACACACUCAGCAUCACCAAAGGUGAGAAGUUGCGAGUCCUGGGUUACAACCAGAAUGGUGAAUGGAGUGAGGUACGUUCGAAGAAUGGGCAGGGCUGGGUACCAAGCAACUACAUCACACCAGUCAACAGCCUGGAGAAGCACUCGUGGUAUCACGGGCCGGUGUCACGCAGCGCAGCAGAGUAUCUGUUGAGCAGCCUCAUCAACGGCAGCUUCCUGGUUCGUGAGAGUGAGAGCAGCCCAGGGCAGCUGUCCAUCUCGCUCAGGUACGAGGGACGUGUUUACCACUACAGGAUCAACACCACCUCCGAUGGAAAGGUGUACGUGACAGCAGAAAGCCGUUUCAGCACGCUAGCAGAACUAGUGCACCAUCACUCCACGGUAGCAGAUGGACUGGUGACGACUCUGCAUUACCCAGCACCCAAGUGCAAUAAGCCCACUGUGUAUGGAGUGUCCCCCAUCCACGACAAGUGGGAGAUGGAGCGGACUGACAUCACCAUGAAGCACAAACUCGGGGGAGGGCAGUAUGGCGAGGUGUAUGUUGGUGUCUGGAAGAAAUACAACCUCACCGUGGCUGUGAAAACAUUAAAGGAAGAUACCAUGGAGGUGGAAGAGUUCUUGAAAGAAGCUGCUGUGAUGAAGGAAAUCAAGCACCCAAAUCUAGUGCAGUUAUUAGGUGUGUGUACCCUGGAGCCCCCCUUUUACAUCGUGACAGAGUACAUGCCAUAUGGGAACCUGCUUGACUAUUUACGGGAGUGCAACCGGGAGGAAGUGAGUGCUGUUGUGCUGCUCUAUAUGGCCACUCAGAUAUCCUCUGCCAUGGAGUACCUGGAGAAGAAGAACUUCAUUCACAGGGACCUGGCAGCACGGAACUGCUUAGUUGGAGAAAACCACGUGGUGAAGGUGGCUGACUUUGGCUUAAGCAGGCUGAUGACUGGAGAUACCUACACAGCUCACGCUGGAGCCAAGUUCCCAAUCAAGUGGACUGCUCCUGAGAGCCUGGCCUAUAACACCUUUUCCAUCAAAUCAGAUGUGUGGGCCUUUGGGGUGCUGUUAUGGGAAAUUGCUACCUAUGGGAUGUCACCGUACCCAGGCAUUGAUCUCUCUCAGGUGUAUGAUCUGCUGGAAAAGGGCUACCGGAUGGAACAACCGGAGGGAUGCCCUCCAAAGGUUUAUGAACUGAUGAGGGCCUGUUGGAAGUGGAACCCACCAGACCGACCUUCCUUUGCUGAGACCCACCAGGCUUUUGAAACCAUGUUCCACGACUCGAGCAUCUCGGAGGAGGUAGCAGAGGAGCUUGGAAGAACAGCCUCCUCCUCAUCCAUUGUUCCUUACCUGCCCCGGUUGCCCAUGCUUCCCUCCAAGACAAGAACACUGAAGAAGCAGGCAGAGAACAAGGAGAACAUUGAAGGAACACAGGAUACCCUGGAGCAUUCGGCAUCCAGCUCCGCACCAGGUUUAAUCAGAAGCACACAGCCAACAAGUGGGUCUCCCGCACUGCCCCACAAGCAGAGGGACAAGUCACCCAGCAGCCUGCUGGAGGAUGCCAAAGAGACCACUUUCACCAGGGACAGAAAAGGCGGCUUCUUCAGCUCCUUCAUGAAGAAGAGGAAUGCUCCCACACCCCCCAAGCGCAGUAGCUCCUUCCGGGAGAUGGAGAAUCAGCCCCACAAGAAAUACGAGUUAACGGGUAACUUCUCAUCUGUUGCUUCCUUGCAGCACGUGGAUGGGUUCGCUUUUGCUCCCACACAGCAGGACGCAAACCUGGCACCACCCAAGUGCUACGGUGGGGGCUUUGUGCAGAGGACCUUCUACAAUGACGAUGGCACUGGCACCAGCAGCGGUGGGGGUGUGAGCACUGGUGGGGGGUGGUCUGGCAUCACAGGUUUCUUUACACCACGCCUGAUUAAAAAGACACUGGGUCUACGACCAGGAAAGCCCACUGGCAAUGAAGAAGCAUCAAAGCCUUUUCCGAGGUCGAACUCUACAUCUUCCAUGUCCUCAGGGCUUCCAGAGCAGGAUAGAAUGGCAAUGACCCUUCCCAGGAAUUCCCAGAGGUCAAAAAUCCAGCUGGAACGGACAGUGUCCACCUCCUCUCAGCCUGAUGAGAACACAGGGAGGGCAAAUGACCUGCUGCCCAAAAGGUUUGAAGAAGGUUCUGCUUUGACCAGAGAAAGACCAAAAGCAAAACUCUUGCCAAGGGGUGCCACAGCUCUCCCUUUCCGAACCCCCUCCAGUUCAGAGGAAAAGGAGAUGCCAGGGCUAGCAGCAACUCCUAAAAGCAAAGAAAAGAACAGCGGCCCUCGGCAGGGGGCCCUCGAGGAUGGCGAGAGACCAGGGUGGUCCUCUCCAGUAAAGGCUGCAGCAAUACUUCCAACCACUCACAACCACAAAGUGCCAGUCCUAAUCUCACCCACUCUAAAACACACUCCAGCAGAUGUGCAGCUCAUUGGCACAGACUCUCAGGGUAAUAAAUUUAAGCUCUUAUCUGAGCAUCAGGUCACUUCUUCCGGCGACAGGGACCGGCCCAGACGGGUAAAACCAAAGUGUGCUCCACCUCCACCACCAGUGAUGAGGCUCCUACAGCAGCCAGCCGCCUGCUCGGAUGCAGCAGAAGAGCUCAGCAACGCGGCGGGGGCGCAGCACGGGCUGGAGUCAGGCGAAGGGAGUAAGAAGGCAGCAGCAGCACCUGUCGGUGGGAAAUCCGGGAGGCCCAUGAUGCCUCCACCUCAAGUGCCUCUGUCGUCGUCUUCCACCUCCCCAGUGAAAAUGGCCAAUGGCACAGCUGGCGCAAAGAUAGCGUUAAGAAAGACCAAACAGGCAACUGAGAAAAUCCCAGCAGAUAAAAUCAGCAAGGAAGCAUUGCUGGAGUGCGCCGAUCUUCUCUCGAGUGCCAUCACUGAGCCAACACCAAACAGCCAGCUGGUGGACACAGGGCAUCAGCUGUUGGAUUACUGCUCAGGCUACGUGGACUGCAUUCCGCAUACACGCAACAAAUUUGCCUUCCGGGAAGCCGUGAGCAAACUGGAACUCAGCCUGCAGGAACUGCAGGUGUCCUCAACAGCUGCUAGCAUCCCUGGGGCAAACCCCGUCCUUAAUAACUUAUUGUCGUGCGUCCAAGAAAUCAGCGAUGUGGUGCAAAGGUAGCUACUGUCAAUCUGGGUAAGAGAAAUACACGUGGGGUGGGGGGGACUCUUUUCUGUACUGAUGCUUUCAAAAGGAAAGACUGAUACUUGAGUAUGUGAAGUACCUCAGAUCACUGAGUUCUCACGUUUACAAGUUCAUCUCAGAAAAUGGGGAUGGAGAGGGUAGAUUCAAGCUGUAAGGGGCAGAACAUCAAGUAUUUGUCCCUACCUUGCCAGUCUGAUCUGCUCGGUUUGGCGAGGCAAGGAAGAUCCUUGCUCCUCCCUUUGACAGGCAGGAGAAUCGAUGGCAGGUUCUCGCUCUGGGAAGGACGGUCUGGCAGCCGGAGUACUGGAGUGGCUGCCGGCCCCUUGGCUGUACAGACGCACCCCAUCAGCACUAACACACGCUUUUGGGCUCCUGACAAGGCGAGGAAGGGCCCCGGGGCUCUGCUGGUACCAGCUGCUGAGCAGUCCUGGCUGGGCAGCUCUGAAGGAGCAGGCUGUGUGCAGCUGGGGGCAGGUCUAAUGCACUGACAGUAUUCAGAGCUGCUGGAGGUGGAUGCACUAGCCUCAGUGGCUUACUUCCACAGUGCUGUUGCUGCUGUAAUGAGAACUGCAAAGUUAGUUAAUAUAUGAAAUUAUCCCUUUUCCCUCCUGUCACCUCAUCUUCCACAUGUUCUCGUCUUCAUUGUAGCUGAGGCAUCAGGAAUGCUGGGCAGACUUACCACUGGAAUUACCCCCUUCCCACCAUACUGCCUUCACACAGUUGAUUCCUAUAUCUAGUGGUCUAGCAUGAGUGCUGCUUGAUGGUCGUUGGUUGUUGUGAGUAGUUUGGGGCUCUUACACAACUUGCCAGUGUUAAUGGGAUGGGGUGGGGUGUUUUUUGUUUUUUUUUUAAGCUCUAGGUUGUUUUUAACUCCUGUUACCAGGUUGACUCCCCAGUUCAGUUUCAGCACCUUGAGGCCCAGGGGAGGCAAGGCAGAACCUCUGCCACCAGCAGCCCCUGGCUGCAAUCAGCAGGCAGUGCUGGAGCCAGGAGAACAGCCUGGCCUGCCUGCAGGUCUCCCUGCACCGCUCCCUCCUCCUGACACAGCACAACCACAUCACAGCGCUUUCUGGGAUUUGUUGCUUACCAAUCUUGCAGGCUUCCACUAUCUGGGAGCGUGAAGGUGACUAGGUAUGUCAACACGUGAGUUACAGCCAUCUUUUUUUAGUUUAUGUAUUUUGACAACUGGACCAGAAUCUUCUGCUGUGUAAACUGCAUUCUGCCCGAAACGUGACAGAAGCGUUAGGGCUUCUUGGAGAGCUCCCACUGUAGUAUGGUCUCUGCUGGUCUACUGACAAUCCCAGAAGGCAGGCAGUCAUGUGGCUGGUCUCCUUCCGUCCUGGUGCUGUUGGUUGACUGUUGUGGCCUCAAAAAGCUGGUGUUCUGUGCAUGUGCACAGCUCCCUGAGAGUUAAAGGAGUGGCAAGUACAGAGACCUCAACUACUUGUUGGUUAGAGAGAAGAAGCAAACAGGCCUGAUACCUGCAUCCAAAUACCCGUUACCCUGCAUGCUGCUGCUCACUUCACACUGUUUGUGAUGACAGAGGAUCUGGCUUGCUUUGCACCUUAAAUCUUUUUUUUUUUUUUUUUCUAAACUGCUUUUUUAACUUGUUUUUAAAGCGUGACUGUGCUGCUUUUAGGUUGAGCAUUUAGAGUUGAGCUGGAGCACAGGUGUGAAUUCAGAUGGUUGGCACUCAGGCAUUCCUUGUCUGCCUCCAAGCAUUGCCCUGUUGGUGCUCAGAAGCAGGCUGGACCUCUUGGCACAUGCCACCGUUGUUUCCAUGGAGCACGGUGAGGUGUGGCCUGAACCAUUCUUAGUAAUGUGCCCGUGUCUGAGAAUCCUCAUAUUAUUGACUAGUCUGUGGUAGAUAAAGUUGUGUGUCACGCUGCAUGAAUGUGCACCAGUGGAGCAGUAUGCGAGGUGAAAUGGACCACGUGUGCUUCACUGUCAAAGUGGGUGAGAUAAUGAAAAAAAAACAAACAAUCCUUCCACCCCAUUCAGUAGGUAUUAAGGUGAAUGAAUCGUUCCUACAAGUCGGCAAGCUGAUCCCUUUGUGGGUUAGUCAUCCUUACCUCGUGGCACCAAGCCCACCUGGAAGAGCCUGCUGUCUCCUUCUGCGAGAUUUCCAGCUUGUCCUGGAUCUACUCUGGGUCUUGCACUUCAGCUGCAGGCCCCUGGGGCAGUUAUUCAGCAGGGAGGCAGAGCACCUAACAGUUAUCUUGUAGACUUUACCGAGGGCUUUUGUGGUUUACCUUAUCUGCUUCAGUCAUCUUUAUUGAACGUGUGCAUCACUGCACACCAAAUUAGCUGCCUUUGGAAAGCUGACCCGUAAAGGGAAAAAAUCUUAAGGCGUUGCUUCAUGUUGCCUUCUUAACAAUCAGGAGGAGUGCAAGGGUAUGAGAGCUUUCUUGGUGUCAGAAAGGCUGGUCCUGUUUGCCCUGCAGACAAUCGUGUGGUUUCAUCACUGUACUGCUUUUCAGCCCAGUAAAAGCCGACUGGAACUGAAGUGGUUAUUCUCAGGGGAAAGGUAUUUUAACCAGAACGUUUUAAAAGUGUUAUUCCAGUUCUGCUGAGUAUUUUAAAAGAAGCUUUUUAAAAUUUAUUUUUUCCUGAAUGUAGGUCUUCCAGAAAAGCUCCUGCAAAAGUGACAGAAUAGCAAACAAUUCCUGGAAUUUUUAAUUAACAGAACACACCCCUUUCCACUCUUUCAUACCCUGCUUAAGAAACAAACUGUGCCCCUGCAGAGGGCUGGCUACCCUCCCCAUGUCUGCUUUCUUUGAGUGCUGCCUGUUUUUCCUCCCCCCCAGAGGUAGCUGGCAGGGACAAAGCUGUGGGCAGUUAGAAGAAGCAGAAUUCACCUGCUCUCCCAGGAUCACAAACAGUUGGGGCAGCUUCUCUCCCACCACUAUUACAGGUCCUCUCCCUCUGCUAGAUUUGCCUUUCUGUUCAGCCUUAAAGGUCUCAACCGUAGCAGCUUCUCUGCUUUCAGCUUUGCGCACAGUCUGUGUCAAGUACUGUACGGAUGGCAAAGCCCCGUUACUUCUUCCAGUGAAGAGCAUCUCUUGCUCCAGCCUUUGUGGAUAAGACAACCUCCUCUUGUGUUUCCUUUCUUUGCUGUGAGAAGGCCUCGUGUGGUAAAGAUGCAAAUGCAGCUGGGCUCUCCAACUUGCACUACUAUGGCCUAGAAUUGAAGGCAGUCAUCUUUGCAGCAGGGGUGGCAAACCGUAGGGACCCGGUGAUGGCAAGCUCAGAGCCCAGAGCAAGGCAGUGGGGGGAAUUUCUCUCCCUAGCUCCCAGGGGAGCAGCCGACCCGCAGGUGCAGCUUUCUGCACUGUAUGCCCUUCUUAACCCUGGGCGCAGUGCACUUGGCUGGCUGGGGUGGCAGCACACAACUGGCUGUUCUUCUCACCAGUGCUGGCAGGACUGAAUUAAAAGCUUUGGUUUUAGGACUGCAUCAAACAGCUGGGAGAGCAGAGCUAAACAGAGCAGCACUCCUGAUGCAGAACACGGGGCUGUUCUCUCUGUUCCUUAUCCUCACAGAAGAGGCUUCUCCUGAGCACCACUGGCCCAGUGUCAGCAGGGAGCAGCUGGUGUAAGAGGCCCGUGGGCCCUGGGGUACUCUCAGGCCCGGAGCUUAGAACAAACCCUCAGCCUGUUCCCUGGUGGUAGGAAGUGACAGCUUCUGGGACGUAGCUGCAGUAGCUGCAGAGUGAGAUAUACCCGUACCAAAGGAGGUCAUCUUCCCAGCAUGGCUGCUGUGCACGAGGGUGUAGAGCCCGCUCAGCAUGGCAUGCUGUGGGCAUCAGUACUGAACUCACAGAGGGCAGGAAUGGAUUAAAAUCAAACACAUUAAUCACCAAUCACUCUACAGUGUUGUCAACUGUUUUGUUUUUAAUUGUUAUUGUAAUAUAUUUUGGUUGUUUUUCUAAUUUAAUUCUCUCACUAUCGUCUGACUGUGAACUGCGAACAGUGUUAAACUUGAUGUAAAUAAGGCCCUCAGAAGGGCCUCUUUGCCUGUCGUUCCACAAAGUUUUGCCAAUUUGCAUUUUGUUUUAAAUAAAGGUUGCAAUAUUUUAUUGGCAAAAAAAAA